AUGUCUCUACAGGCUAGCACAUCUCGUCCCGCAAAGCAAGAGCAGUCUCAUUUCGUCGACUUGGCCACCAAAGUCCGAUAUCUGGAUUCAUGGAGGAUUGUCGCCUGCAGUGUCGCCGCUUUUGUGCUCAAUCUGCUCGCACUCAUCCUCAACAUCUCUCUGGUACACAACAAGAAGCUCCAUGUCUUUCCACCAGCCAUUAUUGGCAUGACCGCGGCGGCCCUUGCUCUCGCUUCAGUCGCAUUCGACCUCUUGUCGGCAGAGGCCAGCGCAAAGGCUCAGUCCCCCAAGAAGAAGAGGUUCCUCUUCUCCGCACCAAGCAGGACUGCAAUUCGUCAAAUGAUUUGCUUCCUGGCCUUUGUCCCGGUCAUUGUCACUCUGGUCAUGCUCACCCUCCAAGCAAUCAACGCCAAGGGUCGCUUCAAUGCGUACUUGCACAUCCAGACCACCCCGCGUACUUCGCUCGUCAUCGUUGACUGCAUGGCCCUCGUAGCCGACAUUGUCCUCUGUGCCGCCAUGGCGAGACUCGUAUGGUGGCCGGUACACCGUGCGGCUCGCUCGACCAUGAUCAUCUCCUCUCUCCUCCAAUGCACCAUUGCCACCAUCCUCAUCGCCGUCAACUGGCAGCCCUACACCGGCUGCGUCCUCCGUCCCUCCAUCAGAGCCACCGCAACAUUUACACUUCACCAACACGUCGGUGCUCUCGUGUUCACCACAGCCAUAUUCAGCUUUGGUAUCUGUUGCGCUAUCAAAGAGGGGGACCGCAUCAACAAGGUCUUUACCCGCUUCAUCAUCUUUUACACCAUCCUCGCCUCCUUUACCGUGUUCUUGCUCUUUGUCAUCCUCGGUCUCGCUAUUCACCUCUUGUUCGACAAAUCGCUCAAGGCCAUCGUCACCGACGCGACACUCACUUGCGACCCCAUCCUCACCGGAUGCGCCCUCCUCUUGUUCGGCGUCAAUUUUUGGGCUACCCACUAUCUCCAGGAACCCCCACCGUCGACGCUCGCGGUCGAGCCAAUCGACUUGAAUGACCUCUCCGCUGUUCAACGCGAGGCAUUUGCCAAGCUCAUCAACAAGCACGGCAAGAACAUUCCCGACGCACCUGGUGGUCAAGAGGCCAUGUCGCUCAUGCACGCGUACCAAAACGCCAACAUGCCAGGCAUGAAGUGCAUCGUCCUCCGUGUCUACAAGCCGAGCAAGGUUCCCGACAAGAGCACCAUUCUCAGCAACAUGGCCGUCAACUACUCGUACGAGGAUGACUGGGCGUGGAGAAAUCUCGACAUGGAGCAAAUGGCCAUCCGCCAUCGGUCAGUCAUCAUCCCCGAGAUCAAAGAGCCGGAACAGCCUGCCCCUCCAAAGCUGAGCAAGAAGCAACAAAAGAAGAUUGCAAAGGCAAAAGCAGAAGCCCAGGCCAACGGUGGACCGACCAUGCCCCUCUCGCCCAUCAACUCACCAGAGGAACUCCAGGCCGAGCUCGAGUUUGCCCAAAAGCUCGAAUCGACAGAGGCCCUUGUCAUGAUGUCGCAGAUCCCCGACUAUGAUCUCACUGGAACGAUUCCCGGAAUCUUUGGACGCAUCCUCCGUCGUACGCUUGGUGCCGAUUCGUACUUUAAGCCACUCUGCGUCAGACUUGGCCUUCUCGCCUUUCACUGGCCCUUCCGACAAGCAACAUUUUACACUGCUGCUACCAAGCGGCCCGUUGCCCGUUCGGCUGCUGUCCUUCGUGCUGUCGCAGAGUGGAACGACCACCGUCCGCGCUCGGAGCGUUGCACAAUCUUGCUCGACCCGACGUACCAACACGGUGAUGCCGAACGCGCGAUUGUCCCCAGUGGCUGGCAACCUUCUCCCCUCCCACCAUCGCACGUGAUUGAUCUGCGCCCGUACAAGGGUAAGACGCUCCCCGAGUACCUCAAGGCAAUCAAGUAUCGCGACCAAGAGGCUGCGUUUAAAAAGGCGCACGGUGAAGUCUUGGAGAGCACAGAGUUUACGGAGACACAGUGCGAAGAGGUCAUGCGUCUCUGGCGACAAAUUGCUCAAAAGCGGACGGGUGAAGGUCAAACUGCCGUGCUUGCGGAACCGGACGAGAAUAUGCUCAUGGAACUCGGCGGUGGCAACAAGGGUGAUCGAAGCUUGCUCUUUUUGCGCGCAGACGGCAAGACGAUUGCAUCGUGUGUCUUGUUCCGCUUGGGGGAUACGAUUACGUCGGAUCUCCAGGGACUCGACUAUGAGCUCGCGCGUCCGCUCAAGGCGUAUUUCGUCAUGAUGCAACACACGAUUGCGAUUGCGCUCAAAGAGGGCAAGAGCUUUGUCGAUUUUGGUCCAACGACGUCCAAGCCCAAGAUUGAUAUUGGGUGCACGUCUGUCGGUAUCACGGGUGCCAUGUACGCCGUCUCGCCGUUUUUGCGCUCCAUGAUUGGCUUGUUUGCGAACAAGGUCACCGAGACGAUUACGAGCACCAAAGAGGACAAGGAGAAGCAAUAA